AUGGAACAGCAGGGUACACCUACUAUUUACCACAAAACUGUCCAUCAAAUUAUCAAGGACCUCAAGAACUCAUUCACAUGGGAAUGUGUGGUGGUUGGUGACCUAUUUGCUGGGUACUGUUUGGAUGACAAGAAGCACUAUGCUGGUGCUCUAACUAAAGAUUCUCUCCUUGAGCAUGCCAAAAAAACCUACCUCUGGCUCUUGUACUGUGGUGCAAUUGUCAACAACAGUGAUUUGUUUGUAGGAUUGCAAUAUGCAGUAGUUCAUUACAAGCUCUCUACCACAAUCACAUUCAAUACCGCACAUUUUCAACAAUCUUUUGUGUCCCAUUUGCUUCUGGCAUUCACUAAACAAGUCCUUAUGGAAUGUUGCCCCAUUGGCCUUGCAUUUGGUGACAUGCUGGGUCAAGCAUACAAACUUGGUUGCCACGCUGAUGUCUUAUUACUAACACCACUUGAGGGUAGUCUGCAGGUCUCCAAGUUUGUAUGGGCUGAUGUGGACUAUGUCGGAAAUUUCUAG